AUGACGGAUAUAGGAGCUAAGCUAAAUAUUCAUACUGCAUUUUUUAGCGGGUUUUAUGCACCAUUUCUUGCAUUUGUUGGACCGAUAUCGGAAUAUAAUGGAUCAAAUAGCAGUAGCACGCAGGAGUUUCUAACUUCGGUACCGGAAUGGAUUCCUUUUCCUUCAAGUCUUGCAUGCCGAUACCAUGAAGUUGUAUGUAUGAACGAAAUUUGGAACACUAAGGAUGCAACAGGACUUUCAACAGGUGACAGACAAGCAAAAGGUACCCAAGGUUGCAAUUUUAUUCUACUCAAAAGUUGCUUAGAACUCGAUGGAGAUUAUGUAAGCCUCCUCAAGGAUCUCUACCAAAAACCGGUUUUGUCGAUUGGGCUACUACCGCCUCCGGCGCUGGGUUCAUCGUCCCGGAGCAACUCUGGUGAUUCAAGCAAGAACUCUAAUCCUGAAAUGUUCCAUUGGCUGGAAAAACAGCAACCAAAGAGUGUUGUUUAUGUAGCAUUUGGAAGUGAAUACAAAAUGAAUAUACAUGAAAUUCAUGAGCUAGCCUUUGGAUUGGAAACUUCCGAGUUACCGUUCUUCUGGGUACUAAGGAAACCAGAAGGUAUAGAUGAAUCGAGUCUACUACCAUCCGGUUUCGAGGAUAGAAUAAGAGGUAGAGGUUAUAUGUGCUUUGGAUGGAUCUCUCAAGUAGAGGUUUUAGCGCACACCGCAAUUGGAGGCAGUGUGUGUCAUUGUGGGUCGAGUUCUAUUUCGGAGAAUCUCUUCUUCGGGCAUAGCCAGAUCUUAAUGCCUAUGAUCAUUGAUCAGGGAAUAAAUGCUAGGUUCUUAGUUGAGAAAGGACUUGGUUUCGAAGUUGAAAGAAACAAAGACGGUUCUUUCACAAGAGAAGCCGUGGCAAGAUCAAUGAGGAUUGUGAUGGUAGAGCCAGGGGGAAAACAACUGCGACAGAAGGCACUUCAGAUGAGCAAACACAUUUUCUCCAACCAAGAUCUCCAAGGGGAAUACAUGCAUAAAUUCAUUUCUUCAUUAGGCCAGUUGCUAACUAAAGAGUAA